CCCAGCCCGCGCCCUCUCCUCCCAGGCUCCCGCGGCUCAGCGCCUCUGGCCCCGCGCCCUCAUCACGCUCCCCUUGGACACGCGGGCAGGUCUCCCCCCAGUCCCAGUCCCGAACGGAAGGGGUGCCCAUGAUUUUGCACACCCCGGUGGAAAGUCCCCGGGCCACCCGGUUGCGUGGGAAGCCUGUAACGCUCAGGCUCGCCUCCGCGCUUCCGCCUACAGAGUCACGACUGGGGGACUGCGGCGGCGAAGGCGCCGAGCGCCGCCGACCCCCGGCUUGGCCACUGAAGCGAGCGGGCGGGCGGGCGAGCUGGCACGUAAGCACGCACGCACACUCCGGCCCCGGCGCCCCUCGUUCGCGGCUACCCGGCACGCAGUCACGUGGGUCCGUCACGGGGCGGCCGGCGCGGGAAGCCGCGCGAGAACGGCCCCAGGGGUGCGUGAGCCGGCGCCGCCGCGUGACGUUUUGCGGCGCGGGAGCUGCCCCUCCCGCAUGGAGGAGCCGGCUGGCCGCCGCGGCGGCGUCUGGAGUCACAAUGGACACAGCUAGCCAUAGCCUUGUCCUUCUGCAGCAGCUGAACAUGCAACGAGAAUUUGGUUUUCUGUGUGAUUGCACAGUUGCUAUUGGAGAUGUUUACUUCAAAGCCCACAGAGCAGUGCUUGCUGCUUUUUCUAACUAUUUCAAGAUGAUAUUUAUUCACCAAACAAGUGAAUGCAUAAAAAUACAACCAACUGACAUCCAGCCUGACAUAUUCAGCUAUUUGUUGCACAUUAUGUACACGGGGAAAGGACCAAAACAGAUUGUAGAUCACAGUCGUUUGGAGGAAGGGAUUCGCUUUCUUCAUGCCGACUACCUUUCUCACAUUGCAACUGAAAUGAAUCAAGUGUUCUCAGCAGAGACUGUGCAAUCCUCAAAUUUGUAUGGCAUCCAAAUCUCAACAACCCAAAAAACAGCUGUCAAGCAAGGGCUGGAGGUCAAAGAAACUCCUUCCAAUAACAGUGGACACAGAGCCGCUGUCCAGAGUGACCACCCCCAGUUGCAGCUUUCUCUUGCUAUUGGGCUGGAUGAUGGCACUGACCAGCAGAAGGUCCAUCCUGCAGCCCAGGCCUUGGAGGAACCCCAGAAGCCUCCAGUGUCCAUCAAGCAGGAGAGAGGUGACCCAGAAUCCGUGAUCUCCCAGAGCCACUCCUCAUCCUCAUCCGAGAUGACAGGCCCCACCUUCACCGAAAGUGGUAUCAAAAUUCACUUAUGCCAUUACUGUGGAGAACGUUUUGAUUCUCGUGGUAACCUAAGACAACAUCUCCAUACCCAUGUAUCUGGCUCCCUCCCAUUUGGUGUCCCUGCUUCUAUUCUGGAAAGUAAUGACCUUGGUGAAGUGCACCCACUUAAUGAAAAUAACGAAGCUCUUGAAUGCCACAGGCUCAGCUCCUUCAUUGUUAAGGAAAAUGAGCAACAGCCUGACCACUCAAACCGGGGUGCCACAGAGCCUUUGCAGAUCAGUCAAGUGUCUUUGAUCUCCAAAGACACAGAGCCAGUAGAAUUAAACUGCAAUUUUUCUUUUUCAAGGAAAAGAAAAAUAAGUUGUACCAUCUGUGGUCAUAAGUUUCUUCGAAAGAAUCAAUUGCUGGAACACAUGUAUACACACAGAGGUAAAUCUUACAGAUAUAACCGAUGCCAAAGGUUUGGUAACGCAUUAACCCAGAGAUUCCAGCCGUAUUGUGAAAGCUGGUCGGAUGUCCCCCUGAAAAGUUCUCGCUUGUCGCAAGAACAGUUAGACUCACCUCGUGCCUUAGAGUCAGAGCUCACACAAGAAAACCUGGACACUAUCCUGGUUGAGUAGCAGUUUCUUCAGAAAUAACAAUUCUGACAGAAUUCACAUGCAUUUUUUUAAUUCAUAAAUUAUUUUCCUCAAGUUCUGUUAACUUUUUCUUUACUAUUUAUCCAUAGUUUUAACAUUGUUGUAAGAUAUUAAUUCAUGGUUUUAAAAUAACCUUCAAUGAAGACUGUGAACUUCUCAUAAAUUAAUUCACAAUUUAGAAAUAAAAAAGUCAAUGUAGUAAUAUAGAACUUUAGAAUAAAGAGUUAUUUAUAGAAUUGCUAAGUUUUUCCAGGUUGUAGAUUCAGUAAAACCAAAUUAAUAUGAAGUAAAUGAAAUAUUUUUUAAAGAAUACUCUAGACUGGUACUUUUGCCUAAUGUUUUACAUGAAUAAGCCCCUAGAGAAUUAUUUUAAAAUAUUUUCUGCCAUAUUGGAAAUUGGUAGUUAUUUUAAUGCAUAACUAUGUUACAGUGUAUAAAAUAUGUUUUAAGCAUAGCUAUACCAAAUUAUUAGUAGUUGUUAAAUUAUGUUUUACUUACUGGCUCUGCAACAUUUUACAUGGCUUUUAUUUACCUUUUAACAUUGUAAGCAUACCCCAUUU